UGCAAGAACGAUAAUAGCCUUUUAGCCGCCGUAGCGAAGUAAACACGUUGCAAUUUGCAAUUUGUUGGUUGCUGGUUAAUUCAGUAAAUAUUAAGUGAACCUAUAAUAAACUGCGCAGCCAAAUAAAGGAAUAUGGCAAAUGUCGAACGCAAAGGCACCUUUAAGGUGGAAUUUCUGCAGAAAAUCGAGCGCGAGGUGCAACAGCGAUGGGAAAAGGAGCGUGUACACGAAACAGAUGCCCCAACUGAGCCCAAAAAGCAGCAGAGCGAAAAAUUCUUUGUCACAUUUCCGUUUCCCUAUAUGAAUGGACGCUUGCACUUGGGGCACACAUUCUCCAUGUCGAAGGCCGAGUAUGCUGUGCGCUACCAUCGUCUCAAGGGACGUCGUGUGCUGUGGCCUUUCGGAUUCCAUUGCACGGGUAUGCCGAUCAAGGCGUGCGCUGAUAAGCUGGCACGAGAGCUGGAGACAUUUGGCUAUCCACCUAAGUUUCCGGACACGGAGGAAGAGGCGCCAGCCGUUGAGUCGCAGUCGCAGUCGGAGGUGCCCAAGGACAAAUCCAAGGGAAAGAAGAGCAAAGCUGUGGCCAAAACGGGUAGUGCCAAAUACCAAUGGCAAAUCAUGCAAAGUCUCGGCCUGCAGGAUGAGGAAAUCAAGCAAUUCGCCAAUGCCGAGCAUUGGCUGGGCUAUUUCCCACCGCUGGCGGUGCAGGAUCUGAAACGCAUCGGUGUGCACGUAGACUGGCGUCGCACGUUUAUAACUACCGAUGCGAAUCCCUAUUUUGACUCGUUUGUUCGCUGGCAGUUUAAUCAUUUGAAGCAGCGCGGCAAGAUCAUGUAUGGCAAGCGCUAUACAAUUUAUUCGCCCAAAGACGGACAGCCCUGCAUGGAUCACGAUCGCUCCAGCGGCGAAGGCGUUGGCCCCCAAGAAUAUACUCUGAUCAAAAUGAAAGUGCUGCAGACACCCAAAGCUUUAAGUGCCAUUAAGCAGCCCAUCUUCUUGGUGGCAGCAACAUUGCGUCCGGAGACGAUGUACGGCCAGACGAACUGCUGGCUGCAUCCAGACAUCAAGUACAUUGCCUGGCAAAGCACGCGCGACAACGAAGUGUGGGUCAGUACUCACCGUGCCGCUAGGAACAUGUCUUACCAAGGCUUUACCGCCGAAGACGGCAAAAUUGUUGUACUGGCCGAAGUGACUGGCCUGGAGCUCCUAGGUGUACCAUUGUCGGCGCCGCUAACUAGUCACAAAAAAAUCUACACACUGCCUAUGCUGAGUAUUAAAGCGGAUAAAGGUACGGGCGUGGUGACCUCUGUGCCCUCUGACUCGCCCGACGACUAUGCGGCUCUCCUGGAUCUGCAGAAGAAGGAGGCAUUCCGUCAAAAGUAUGGCCUAACCGAUGAAAUGGUGCUGCCAUACGGGCCGAUACCCAUUAUCGAAGUUCCAACACUCGGCAAGCUCAGUGCUGUGCAUGCCUACGACACGCUCAAGAUUCAAUCGCAGAACGACAAGGAAAAACUGGCUGAAGCCAAGGAGCUUUGCUAUUUGAAGAGCUUCUAUGAUGGCGUAAUGCUGGUGGGCGAGUUUGCUGGUCGUAAAAUUCAGGACGUGAAAAAGAUGUUGCAAAAGCAAUUGGUUGAUGCCAAGGAGGCGGAUAUUUACUAUGAACCAGAGAAGUUGAUCAUGUCACGCUCAGCGGAUGAGUGCGUGGUGGCGCUGUGUAAUCAAUGGUAUCUGAACUAUGGCGAGCCCGAAUGGCAGGCACAGGCAAUGAAAAUACUGCAGGACAUGGAGACGUUCCACGAGGAGGCGCGCAACAACUUUGAGGCGUGCCUGAACUGGUUGCACGAGUACGCCUGCUCGCGUACCUAUGGCCUGGGCACCAAACUGCCCUGGGAUGAGCAGUGGCUCAUUGAAUCGUUGUCGGACUCAACCAUCUAUAUGGCCUUCUAUACGGUUGUUCACUUGCUGCAAGGCGGCACUUUCCGUGGCGAGAAGCCAGGACCUUUCGGUAUCAAACCUGAAGAUAUGACCGCCGACGUCUGGGACUAUAUAUUCUUUAAAGAGACGCCUCUGCCAAAGAAGACAGCUAUUAAAAAGGAGCACUUGGCUGUGCUGCGCCGGGAAUUCGAGUACUGGUAUCCCAUGGAUCUGCGUGUGUCUGGCAAAGAUUUGAUUCAGAACCAUUUGACUUUCUGCCUGUACAAUCAUGCAGCCAUUUGGCCCAAUGAUGAAACGAAGUGGCCCAAGGGCAUGCGUGUCAAUGGUCACCUGCUGCUCAAUUCAGCUAAAAUGUCCAAGUCAGAUGGCAAUUUCCUGACCCUCUACGAAGCUGUACAGAAAUUUUCGGCGGACGGCAUGCGCCUGUGCCUUGCCGACGCUGGCGAUAGCGUAGAGGACGCCAACUUUGUGGAGAGCACCGCGGAUGCGGGAAUUCUGCGUUUGUACACAUUCAUUGAGUGGGUCAAGGAGAUGCUGGCUACGCGCACCAGCCUGCGCCAUGAUGCUGCCAGGACCUUCAAUGACCAAGUCUUCCUGAGCGAGCUGAACCUGAAGACAAAACAGACGGAUGAUAACUAUCGGCGUAUGUUGUUCAAGGAAGCCCUGCGCAGCGGAUUCUAUGAGCUGCAGCUGGCUCGUGACAAGUAUCGCGAGCUGUGUGGUGCCCAGGGCAUGCACGAGGAGUUGGUCAUGGAGUUUAUACGUCGCCAGGCGCUGUUAGUGUCGCCGAUUUGCCCGCACAUGGCGGAGCAUGUGUGGGGUCUGCUGGGCAACAAGGAAUCUAUUGUCCAUGCCCGUUGGCCCGAAGUGGGCGCUAUAAAUGAGAACGACAUCAUGCGCUCUGAGUAUUUGAUGGAGGCAGCACAUUCUUUCCGCCUUAACUUGAAGAAUCUGCUGCAAGUCAGGGGCAAGGGUGGCAAAGAGAAGGCUGUGGAUGUCCAGACGCCGAAGCCCAAUCGCGGUCUCGUUUGGGUGGCCAAAACGUAUCCGCCGUGGCAGUGCUGCGUGUUGGAUACCAUGCGGGAGAUGUAUAACAAGGACACCAAAACGCUGCCCGACAACAAGUUAAUCGCAGUCACGCUGCAGCAGAAGCCCGAAUUGAAAAAGUUCAUGAAGCGUGUGAUGCCUUUUGCACAAAUGAUACGCGAGAAAGUGGAGGCGGGCAAGGGCGUGGCUGCACUAGCGGUCACUCUGGAGUUCGAUGAGCGCGAGGUGCUGCUCAGCAAUCUCGAUUAUCUGAAGAACACCUUGGAUCUGGAAACUCUGGAAAUCAAAUACACUGAUGAUCCCUCGGCACCUGAGAAGACGCGCGAGGAAGUGCGCCCUGGUUCACCCUUCAUCAGCUUCAGUGUUGCGCCUCACGUGCCAGUUGAGCUGGUAAAUCCAACGGAACGCUCGGGACUGUUUCAGGUGAACACCAUCAUAUCUGAAGGUGACACAGUGCAGUCACUGCGCGAAAAACUCGCCAAGAUUAUCGGCCUUAAAUCAGAUUUGUCCACUCUCCAAAUCUGGCGCUAUGAGGAUCCUGUAAUGGGUCCACGGAAACUGCCCAACUUCCAGGACUACAAAACGGGCAAGACACUUCUUAGCGAGGGCAAUUUCGUUCUUGAUGUGGCUGAUAAACGAGUGAGCGUCAAUCUUUCGGGGAAACUGACCGAGGUCGGACGCAAUCUAAUCUAUGUGGUUGAGUAAAGAUCUGAUGCAUGUUAUAAGAGAUACUUGAAUUGAAAUAGGAACACUGUAAAGAAUUGUUGGCUAUAAAUGAAUACCUUAAUAAGCAAUGUGCUUUGGUGUAACCGAAAAUACA